CUCUUGGGUCGUGUCAUGCUCCUCUGCUUCCCUGAGAUUGUGAGCUGAAGGGAGAACGUCCUUGGAUUGGUUCAAGUUGCCAGAAGCUGGGUAGUUCACCUCUCAACAGGCCACAAACUUGCUUCCCUCAGAGAAGAAGAAAAUGGCUGCCACCCAGGAGGUGCCUCCACCAGCACUGGGCCUCCAUUUUUUGUACCCGUUAGAAGAAACAAUGCCCCCGAGGGUGAAGAUGGAAGAGCCUGGGCCACCGUGCCCAGAGGCUGGGUGGGAGUGGGAUGCAGCGGCGAAGGCCCCCCUUGUGGUUCAGGCAGGCACCAUUAGUGACCUUCUGAGGUGGGCGACUCCUCCACAGGUGAGGAGCGACCCAAUGCCCCAGCUGUGGGAAGUGCAGUGCCAGGAGAUGGUGCAGAGCUUGCGGACACCUGCAGACGUUGUGCCAGGACCCGUUCCUGUCCCACCCCCACCCCCUGCCUGGGGGAACCUUCAGCUGCCUGAGCUGGCCCCUGUGGAUGACAUUGAGGCCUACUUGUCCUCCUUCGAAAGGGCGGCAGAAACCUGCCAAUGGCCGAGGGGAGAGUGGGUGACCCGGCUCAUGCCGGCCCUCAGCGGAAAGGCCCAGCAGCCGCAUAAUGGCCUGGACUCCCGGAGCGGCCGAAGCGAGCACAGAAAGGCCAAGUCUUCCAGCCUGCGAGGAGAAGGCGGCACCAGCACAGAGAUGCAGCGCCAGCGUUUCCGGCAGUUCCGUUACCAGGAUGCCGAAGGCCCACGGGAGGCUUGCCGGCGGCUCCGGGAGCUCUGUCGUCGCUGGCUGAAGCCAGAGAGCCGUACCAAGGAGCAGAUCCUGGAGCUGCUGAUCCUGGAGCAGUUCCUGACCAUCUUGCCCCAGGAGAUCCAGAGCUGGGUGUGGGAGCGAGGCCCCGAGACCUGCGCCCAGGCAGUGGCCCUGGUGGAGGGCUACCAGAUGGGAAGGCGAGAUGCUGGGAUGUGGGAACAACAGGUGACAGUGCGGGUGAAAGUUGAGCAGGUGAGCCCCCAAGAGAUGAUGAUGCUGCCUGGAGCCCCGUGGGAGCCAUCCACCCCACUGCUGCCCCAUCCCGAGUGCCUCCCAACAGACAUGACACUCAGCCAGCCUCCUCCAGUUCCUGCUCUGAAGAUGCCCUGCGUUCCCAAACAGGAGCCUCGAGGCCUUCAGGAAACCGCAGGUGUCCUGAUGGCUAAUGGAAGCCGAGAACUGAACGCACUGCAUGGAGGUCCUCUGGAACUGGAGCCCCAUGGGGCUUUCUCAGCUGGGAACCCCCAGGUGAAUGUGUCCUCUGAGAAUCAUAGUGAGCGAGCAAGUCAGCAACAUGAGGAGAGACACUGCGAGACAGGAGAGCAUCCAGCCACACACCUCAACCCCCUUGGAGUUCCCCAGGGAACAGGGAAGCCCCUCCACCGGUGUUUGGAGUGUGGGAAAACCUUUAGCCGCAACUCGCACCUGCUCACCCACCAGAGAAUCCAUACGGGGGAGAAACCCCAUCAGUGUCCACAGUGUGGUAAGCGUUUCGGCCACACCUCCCAGCUGACUCGGCACCAGAGGACCCACGCCUCAGAGAGACCCUACCGCUGUGCCCAGUGCAGCCGGAGUUUUUACCAGAGCUCUGAGUUGACCAGGCAUCGGGCAUCCCAUGCCAGAGACCGCCCAUAUGGAUGCAGCCAAUGUGGCAAGAAAUUCCGGUGGAGUUCUGAUCUUAUCCGGCACCAGAUCACCCACACGGGAGAGAGACCGUACAAAUGCCCUGAGUGUGGGAAGAAGUUUGGGCAGAACUCACACCUCGUUCGACAUCGGAGAACCCACACGACUUAACCAAGCUGUUCCCUGAUGGAGGUGAAAUCUUCAUUUCUCACCACCAAGAGUUCACUGGGAGCCAAAGCACGGGACAUAUUCUUUGCCAAGCUCGGACUUGUGACAGGCCAGAUGACUUUUGUCUGAUGGUCAUUGAGCCCUGCAUCCACAGAUAAACUAUCUUUCAGAGGAUGGCUUAGUUAGAAUGAAUUCUGUUUCCAUGCAGAGCAGAAUGGACAAUGUGACCAGGCCCAGAUCCUAUUUCGGCUUCCACCUGGAGAUUGGCAACAGAUCCAGACUGAAGGAAGGGGCCAAGACCUGCUUUAGGAUGGAUUCUUGAACAACACUGAACUUAUAGCAUUUUUAGCAGCACCAGUUGGAUGUCUUUUUGGUUCUUUCUUUUCUUUCUUUUUUAUUUUUAGAAAAGGAGAUAGAUCUUCUAGUCAUCUAGACAGGAUUGUUGUUACAUAACAAUCUAUAUUCUCUGACCCAAGACCAUAUCUUUGUAGUGAGACAAAAAUGAUUUAUCUUUUUAGAGAAAUGCCCAAUCUGUAAUAUUUCAGAACAAUGGAGAUCCCUCUCGGGGAAA